AUCUGAUUUUGGUUAGUUUACAGCAUGUCGUCGCCUUUGAAGGUUCGCUUAGCGAACUUGUUUAUUUCGGUAGUGCUACUACUGCCAAUUCUUGGUGGUGUUAGAGCCACGGAUGAUCCUUCAGUUCCUCGGCUUCUUACCCUUCAAGCUGGAAGUCCUGCUCCUGCUCCUCCGCCACAGCAAGUGAUUAUAGAGGAGGACUACGAUCAUCAUCAUCAUCAUCCGACGCCUUAUUCGCCAAGCUAUCCCCCAAGCUAUCCAUAUCCGCAGCCUCAGCCGCAGCACUGCCAUUGCCCACCGGGUCCUCCAGGACCUCCUGGUCCACCAGGACAGCCGGGACAGAAGGGUUAUCCCGGUACAAAAGGAUCCAAGGGUGAACCCGGAGAAAAGGGAGCCAAGGGAGAAAAGGGCUAUCCCGGUAUGCCUGGAUUACCUGGACCCCAGGGUCCACCUGGAUAUCCCGGAGGAUCGUAUCCACCCUAUCCCUAUCCACCUCCUCCUCCUCCACCAGGAUACGGACAUGGACCAGCAGGUCCACCUUCUAGGUAUUACAAUCAGUACUACAAUGAGGAGGACAAUUAUGGCGAUGAACGGGCUUUUAGUCUUUUUCAAGAGGAUCAGACUGACAAUCAACCGCUCAUCUUGGCCUUUAGUCAUUAUAGGAAUCCAUUUACCACAAAAGCCAAUAAAAGACGAAAUUAA